GUUAGUAAAAGUUGGGAUAGGAGCUCCGGAGAGAGCGAGAGAGAGAGACAGACCGGGGAGAGGAAGAGGGGGACGGGGCAAUUAAAACGGGCAAUUCAUCAGCUUUAAAGACGCUUCUUUGUUUAUUAACAGAGAAACAGUGAGGGGAAGAAGAAGGAGAAGGAGAAGAAGGAGAAGAAGAAGAGCAGACGACUUUCUCUGAAGUUGAAGCCGGAGGAAGAGCAGCUUAACGAGCUGUAUUCUGGAUUUGUCAAACCCGCGAGGAUAAAAACACGGAGCUCGUGCAUGGCCACGCGCGCGUUGAGUCAAACGUUGUGAAGUUGAAGUUUAGGCGUCGUGGCAGUCGGUAGAUGUUGUGACAUUUCGUAGGAGAGCAUACAUUGCUCCAGCGGGUCGACGUUUCGAGUGGCGGCGGGGGUGAAAAAAAAACCAAAACAAAAAAAAAAAACCCCGAGCUGUCAAACCCGAUGACGACUGCAAACUGCCCCGGGAAUGAGGAGCUGGACUUCCGACUGAUCUUCGGAGAGGACGGGGAGCCGCUAGGCCCCGCAGAUCUGGAGCCUGAUGACAACACGUCGUUCUACAUCCUAAAUGUGGGCCAGCCCCAGUCUAUGGUCACCAACCACCAGUCUAUGGGCCUGCCUCGUCAUGGCAUGCAGUCCCACUCCCAGAUCAUCGGCACUUCCCCGCGCCUUCACUCACACAAACCAGGAUCCGAGCCUCCGAGCUAUGAGGCACAGAACUCCAAGUACGGCACCUCCCCUCUGCUGCCCUCUGCUCCCCUGGAGGCACCAAAGGCCUUUGAGUGCCCCAGCAUCCAGAUCACCUCCAUCUCCCCCAGCUGCCAGCAGGAGAUGGAUGCCAAUGAGGAGGAUCUGAGGGCCAACGGUCCUGAUGGGGACUACCACGGUGAAAGGCCCCUGUCAAGAGAUCACCUUUAUUUGCCCCUGGACCACUCAUACCGGGACUCUUCGCUCAGCCCUAGUCCAUGCAGCAGCCUCUCCUCGAGGAGCUGGUUCUCUGACGCCUCCUCCUGUGAAUCAUUCUCACACGUCUAUGACGAUGUUGACUCAGAGCUAAAUGAAGCGGCGGCCCGCUUCACCCUGGGCUCCCCUCUCACUUCCCCAGGCUGUGUCUCCCCUCAAACCAGUGGCGGGGCUAUGGAGGAGCAGCCCCACUGGCAGCAUCCCCACCCCGCCUUCGUGCACCACUCUCACUCCAUCAGCCUGUCACCUCGACAGUCCCCCUGUCACUCGCCACGCACCAGUGUCACGGAUGAAAAUUGGCUUAGCCCGCGGCCGCCUUCCAGGCCUUCCUCGCGUCCCACCUCACCCUGCGGCAAGAGGCGCCACUCUAGCGCCGACAUCUGCUACCCCGGCUCGUUGUCUCCGCAUCAUUCACCCACACCCACACCAGGACCUUCACCUAGGGGCAGCGUGACGGAGGACACCUGGAUUGGCAGUCCUUCUGUAGGCAUGUCACCCUUCCAGUGUUGCCCAUCCGAGGCAGACAUCCCAUCCAAGACAAGGAAGACCUCACAAGACAGAACGUCUAUGCAAACUGGGAAAGGAGAACUGGGGCUAGAUGACCAAGGAAAUAUGUCUCCUAAUCUAGACUCUCCUUCAGAUGAUGGCUUGCACAGCCUGAAGAAAGAUGGGCCCGGGGAACAGUUCCUCUCAGUGCCCUCCCACUUCUCAUGGAAUAAACCCAAACCUGGUCAUACACCUAUAUUCAGGACCUCUUCACUCCCUCCACUGGAUUGGCCACUGCCAAGCCAGUUUGGCCAAUACGACCUGAAGAUAGAGGUACAACCCAAAGCCCACCACCGAGCGCACUAUGAGACCGAGGGCAGCCGAGGAGCUGUCAAAGCAUCGUCCGGAGGCCACCCAAUCGUCAAGCUCAUUGGCUACAGUGAGAAGCCCAUCAACCUGCAGAUGUUCAUCGGAACAGCAGACGACCGUUACUUGAGGCCGCACGCCUUCUACCAGGUGCACCGGAUCACCGGGAAAACCGUGGCCACAGCCAGCCAAGAAAUUAUAGUUUCCAGCACCAAAGUUCUCGAAAUUCCUCUCCUGCCUGAAAACAACAUGACAGCCGGUAUCGACUGUGCUGGCAUCCUUAAGCUGCGGAACUCGGACAUAGAGCUGCGGAAGGGGGAGACGGAUAUAGGGAGGAAGAACACACGGGUCCGCGUGGUGUUCAGAGUGCACAUCCCUCAGCCCAACGGGAAGGUGCUGUCGCUGCAGGCGGCCUCUAUUCCUGUGGAGUGCUCCCAGCGUUCGGCUCAAGAGCUGCCCCAGGUCGACAAAACCAGCCUGACCAGCUGUCUGGUCAGCGGGGGAGAAGAGAUGGUCAUCACCGGCUCCAACUUCUUCCCAGAGUCCAAGGUCAUCUUCCUGGAGAAAGGCCCUGAUGGACGACCACAAUGGGAAGUUGAGGCAAAAAUAAUACGCGAGAAAACUCAAGGAUCGUGCAUCAUGGUGGAGGUCCCUCCCUACCACAGUAAGUCUGUGGGCUCAGCUGUGCAGGUGCAGUUUUACGUCUGCAAUGGCAAGCGGAAAAGGAGCCAAUCCCAACGCUUCACUUACCUUUCAGUCAUGGUGAAACAGGAGCACAGAGAAGAGCUGGACCUUUCUGCAGGACCCCCUAUGUCCAUGCCCCUGGCACAUGCUGCCAGUCUGGUGCGCACCCAGCUGCCUUCUCCUGAACAGUGCCACCCAUCGGACAACCUUCUGUCCAGCUCCCCUCAUGGCCUGGCCACCGGCUCCGGACCUGGCCUGCUACCCCUGCACGCCCCCUGCUCCUCCCUGGGCUCCCCGUCUUUCCAGCACCUGCCUCACCUCCAGGGUCGCAGCUUGCACCACCCUCCUGCAGACUGCCACAUGACGUUCCACCCGAGCUCUGCCCACGAUCCUCUUCCUGCUCCUCCCCGGCCCUCCUACCAGUCUAUGCAGCACAGCCACAGCCACAGCCACAGUCAUAGUCAUAGUCAUAGUCAUAGCCUGCCCUUCAACGGCCAGUCCAGCCUUCCCCCUCAGGGCUAUGAGAGGAUGCCCUUUCAGCACAGCCCCAGUGCAGCGUCACACCCAAUAAGCAUGGGAAUGGUGUACCCUUCCUCCCCUUGCUCCUCACCAACAGCUCCCUCCUCUUCAACCACCAACCCUAUUGUUGGGUCUCCCCAGAGCCAGCAACCCCUGCUCUCCCCUUCAUCCCCACACCUGCACACACUCGGAGGCUAUCACUGCUCCCCAAAUCCCACCCGGGUGCCCUCUCCUGGUGGCCACCCCCUUGCAGGGCAGCACCCCUCCCAACUGCAGAGAGCUAUGGGCUACCACCCGGUUAGCCAAAGGUCUGCUUCGUGUCCCACAACGUCCAGCGCCCCCACUCCGAGGAUGAUCCCCUCUCCCCACUCUGGGCCAUCCUCCCCUCAGCUCCACUCGCUGCCCUACCAUUCCCCCACCUCCUCCUCCCCCACCUCUGGUGGCAGUCCGUUGGGGCCCAUGCAACAGCAGCAUUCAGGACAGCCCUCUCCCCAGGCUACAAGCCCGGUCAUGGCCAGCCUGUCCCCGGUGGCAGCGGGGCCUUUGGUUCACCCUCUUAGCCCUCAGGGGCCGUUCCCCUCGGACGGAGAGAGGCUGAACAUCAAACAGGAGCCUGAGGAGAAGGAGCCAACCUUCCGCUCCAUCGGCCUACAGGACAUCACGCUGGACGAUGUGAAUGAAAUCAUCGGCAGAGACAUGUCCCAGUCCCCCAGCACUCAUGGUCCUCCAUCAGCACACAACCAGUCAUAGCCCAGCUCACGAACCAUGAACCACCUACUCAAGCUCUCGAAACCCAACCCCGGAGCCCGGUCCUGGUCCAGCUGCUGGUCCUGUUUGUGAUGGGACAAGAGUGCAGGAAAAGAUUAGAAAGGCCGUGGUCGGAGACAAAUUACAGUUGCAGAUUCUGUUAGAGCCUCAUGGACCUGCUGCACCACCAGCCUGACAAGAAGACACUCUCAUUUGUCAAAACGACUUCUCUUAUUUAGAGAUAUAGAUAAAACCCACACAGAUUAAAGAGAACGGUGUGCAGGAGAAUAUGGCCAUGUCAAGUUACAGAGAGGUUGAAAUGGUUUGAGAAUAAGAUGUGACCCGUCCCUCUUCUUUAGGUGUAUACCUGCCCUCCUAAAGCACUGCUGUCUUCCUGACCAAUCAGCUCUCCACGCCUAUGGAGCACUCGCUUUUUAAAAAAAACUCUCUCUCUCUCACCAGCAUAGACCUUCAUGAAUGAAGACGUCUUGAGAGACGUGAGAAUAAGAGAAACGCCGGAGUGCAGAGUGCUGUCACAGUGAGCCAGAGCUGGGAUCCAAAGCGGUUCUUACGGUUGUUUUUACAAACAUCAGGACACUUAAACUCUACAAAACAUUCUGGUUUUUUUCUGAGCGAGCAUCAGCAAAAGAUGCUGUAAAACUGUAUUAUCAGAUCAAACAACAUUGAAGGAUCAGAAUUUCAAUUAUCAGUAAAAAAAAAAAUAAUAAUAAUUCCCAAAAAGUUGGAAUUUGAAUAUCUGGUUGAACUUUCCAAUUCAAAUCCCAGUUGUUUUGCUCUUGGCUCAUUGAUGACAACAUUGUCCACUCUUUGAUCCUCUCCCCUCUAGAUGAUUCAUUCAGGUCUGGAGUGCAGGGACCCGGCAGGGCGGUCGUGCUCCUCAGGCGCUGGUCUGGGAUCUGCAACCUGCAACAUUCCACAACUUUUAGUAACCUUGCAUCUGUGUAGAUAUCUGUACAUGAAUCGACUCCUCUCUCUUUUUUCCUUCUUCUGUCUAGUCUGUUUCAUCCCUUACAUCCUCCCUCUCCUGUAUCUCUUUAUCUUCAAGUUGAACAAAUGCCUUAUUAACACUUAGCAGCUUUGAAUGGUAGCUAAAUCUUUUUUCGGUUGUUGUUUUGCACAGCUGGCUUUGAGUGCGAUGAUAAUAUUGUUUCAGAAAGAUGAUUUUAUGAAUCCUGAUGAGGGAUGACUGGGUUUCAGGACUGAGUUAGCCCUCUGAUUUGUAUUCAAAGAUAUUUGAAGAUGCCCGUUAUUUCUACGUUACAAAGAAGUGUUUUUAUUAAUCCACAGAGAUGGACGUCCCUGCCUCUGAAAUUUAUUUUCAAGCAAUAACCCAGGGGCCCUAGUGUGCCUUUAAAAUGUCCUAACAGCAACCAUACCCGGGAUGGUAUGACAUUUAAUGGGGAAAUGAUCUGACUAAAGUUUUGAAAGUAUUUUAUACAUGAAGAUGUUUAUAUAUUGCGUAUAUGUAUUGUUCCCCCUUCUUUAUCGGAAAAUGUAAAAAGAAAACAAUCAAUUGCAACAAUCAAUGUUUGCUGUCCACAAUCAGACACUUCUCCUUAAUCGUGUCCAGACUGGUGUCUAUGCACAAUGAUGUAUUCAGAUAUGCGGAGCCCGUACGGCAGCAAUAACACCCUCUCGAGGGAAGAGGAUUCAGGCGUGGAUGUGAACAGACAGAUUGCCGUUGGCUUUUUUUUUUUUUUUUUUUUUUUGCCUUAAGCUUGACAAUGAUGCUCCUGCAUGUGAGAGCUGAGGAGUGAAUGACGGUUUUGAAGUCAGUUUCCUGGUGAAAAUGAUUCUGCUAUGCAUUACAAAUUCUGCCUAAUGCCUUUAAAAAUGAGGAGGGGAAAAAAAAAAGACAAAAAAAAGCCCUUGAUGCCUAUAGAAGUAGACUGUAGACUUGUUGUAGAUGCUUGAUUUAUUCUGUUAGCAUCCUGGAGUUGUCCAUACGCCAAUCUGCCUUGUCAAGGACGCAGUGCGAGCAUCUUAAUAGGUUCAGGUGUGUGUGUGUGUGUGUGCGUGUGCGUGUGCGUGUGAGGAUGUAUGGUUGGAGUUCCUACCAAAUAUGCUGUACAGAAGACCGACAUUUUAAGAGUCCUAUUUUCAACAACAGAAGCACACACACACGUAUUUAGGCUAUGCAAACUAUAACGGCGGAAAACGUGAGAUGACUUUCAAAAAAGGAGAUUAUAAACUAUUUGAAAUGUUUUCCUUUGAACUUCGCAGAGCAGAAAAGAGAAAAAAAAAAACAGAUUCAGA